CAUACCUUACCUACCUACAUCUUAGGUAUCGUCAAAACUUAUUCUUACUCUACACAACACAUAAGCUAUUUGAGUUCCCUCAUCUUCCGCUAUCCUAUAUAGCUUCCGGUGUAUCUUUAAGACCCCUCUACGAAUCUCUCAAGGGGCCGGUUUCCCAGGCAUAAAAGGUCGAUCUUGGCAUCAAACCCUCUGUGAAAGAUCGAGGAUCUCCGGCUACCAAGACCAAACGAGACCAGGCCACGGCCGGGCAGCCGUGAGUGCAAACACUCCAUAUAGCCCUCUCAUCCACGCCCAUGUCAUCAUUAAGGAGACCAGUCCCUCCUGCGACGUAGAGAGCAAUGGCACCAGAGUUGUCCUCCAACUGGAAACAGCUUCAAGCAAAGAUCAAGGCCGAGUCCACCAGUACCGCUAUCUCUCCCGCCACCACCGCUGCUACCACUGCCGCCCCCUCCGCAAACAGAGUCUCCCACAAGAGGAGAGCUACUAGCAACCUUCCGUCAGAAUCCCCUUCCAAACGGCAGAAGUCCCAAACCCCCCACAAGGCCCUGGCACAAUAUCCGCCACCCUCGGGUACGCCCGCCAAGAGCCGUCGCCAGCCCUCAGCAAAGCCAAAGAUGGGCGUCACGCAGUCCUCUGCGAUCGCGCGGGGGACGCCGGCGACGGUCGCGCCAUCGCUCGCGCUCUGGGCCGAAGACAACGACGUGUCAGCCGAGGCCCUGGCGGAGGCAUACGGCCUGGGCGUGCGGGACAACGCGGCGCUGAAGACGGGGGGCGCGCCGCGGGUCAACGAGGGCCUAGCGGCGGGGAUCGAGGUAGGCAAGUACGUGGCGCUGGACUGCGAGAUGGUGGGGGUGGCGGGGCCGGGCGGGGAGGUGUCGGCGCUGGCGCGGGCGAGCGUGGUGGACUUCCACGGGCGGCAGGUGUACGACUCGUUCGUGCGGCCGGCGGAGCGGGUGACGGACUUCCGGACGGCGAUCACGGGGAUCACGGCGCGGACGCUGGCGGCGGCGCGCGGCUUCGACGAGGUGCGCGCCGCGGUCGCCGCGCUGCUGCGCGGCCGCGUGCUCGUCGGCCACGACCUGCGCCACGACCUCGCCGCCCUCCAGCUCGACCACCCGGACCGCGACGUCCGCGACACCGCGCGCUUCGCCGGCUUCCGCCGCUACGGCAACGGCCGCCGCCCCGCGCUGCGCGCCCUCGCCCGCGAGAUCCUCGGCGUCGAGAUCCAGAACGGCUCCCACUCCAGCAUCGAGGACGCCCGCGUCGCCAUGCUGCUCUUCCGCCGCCGCAAGUCCGACUUCGACGUCCAGAACGCGGCCAGGUACGGCCUGCUCGAGACGUCGACGGCGACCGAGACCGUCGGUGGCGCAAGUAGGAAUGCGGCAAGGGGCGAAGGGGCGGCGAAGAAGAAGAAAAAGAAGAAGAAGAAAAAGAAGAAGAAGAAGAAGCAUUGAUGUUGGAAAAGAUAAAGCAUGGAAGCGGUGAUGAAUGGAGUAUGCAUAUGGGAAGUGAUACUCUAUAAUACUAAUCUCUGUACAUACAAUAUUUCGUCCGCCGCACGGCGGCGUCUGCUG